AUGUCCGGAGCUGUUGUUGGAUUUUUGUGGGUACUCCAGGUGUUACUUCUGUGGUCAACGGUUGGCUGCUCCUCCAACAGUGAGGAGCAGCUGGAGGCCCUGCUGGCCACGGAAACGUUGCUCAUUGAUGAACUCCGCGACUAUAUAGAGCGCCUCGACGAGCAGCUGGAGGAGAUCAGGAGGGAGACUGCGGCCAUCGAGGCGAUCCACAUCCAGGUGGGGGAUCGCGUGGAGGAGUACAUGGGAAACCCGCUCAAUGUGCUGACCAUACUGAAGCGCUUCGAGACCGUCUGGCCGAGACUGGAGCAGCAGGCGAAUUCCACGCACAAUAUCAGCGUGAUUGAUGACAGACUCAGGGACAGCGAGCUGGUUCUCCCCACAGAGGAGGACUACGAGCAGGCCCUAAGCAAUCUCCUCCAUCUGCAGUCGGUCUACGAGUUGGAGCCGGCAAGCCUCUCCCUGGGCGUGGUCAAAGGCAUAAAGUUGGGCUCAGCCAUGUCCUGGAGCGAUUGCCUGGAAAUGGCCAUGAAGUCGGAUGUCGGAGUGGCCAAGUUCUGGCUGGAGACGGCUCUGGAUAAGCUGCCGCCGGCCACAAAUGCCACGGACCACCGAAGCGAGUGGGAGCGCGGAAAGGUUCAGAUACUGGAGGCGGCCCUCAACAUGGAAUACCGCGCGGGAGAACUUUCCCAGGCCCUGGCAACCGCGGAUGAGCUGCUGCUCCUCCGACCGAUGAACCAAAAUGUGCAAAAGGCCAAGGACAAGAUUGAGCGAGCUCUGGCCAAGACCACCACACAGUUGCCCUCGGGCAGGGGUGGGCAAACGCCAAAGUCAAGGACAAAAAAUCCUAAGCCCAAAUCUGCGGAGCAGCUGCUCAUAGAAGAACUCUGUCGUGGAGCCACCCAGGAGGCCACGACUGGAGGUCGCUUCACCCACUGCCAACUGGAGAGGAGCUCGCCCUGGUCCUUGCUCCAGCCAGCCAGAGUGGAGCUCCUCAGCUCCGACCCCUACAUAGCCCUGCACCAUGAUGUGCUGACCCUUAAGCAGAGCGAUCAACUCUUGGAAUUGAUGGACGAGGAGGAGAUGGGAAAAGGGGCCAGUUAUCAGCCACUAAAGUUCUCGAUGCUGGCCCAAAAGAAGCUGAGAGGCAUUCACCAUCAACUCGGGCAUGUCAGAGGCGAAAAGGAUCUCUGGGAGGGACGUCGCCAUGGCCACGAGCACACGACCAAGCCAGAGGAGCCCGUUCGGGGACAGUACCACCAGACACGUGUCAUGCUGAAUCUCCAGGCACCCGGAAUGGGCGGAGCCGUGGUCUUCCCCCAGCUGGAGCUUGGCGUGAAUGUCCCACGUGGCGCGCUGCUCCAUUGGCGCACACGCACCACGUCCGUGUCCGCGUCCACUUCCUCGUCCGCCUCUGAGAUGGACUACCGCAGUCGACAGGCAGUCUGUCCCGUGCUCCUGGGUGUCCAAGUGUCCGCAUGGACGGGACUCAGUUGA